UUGCGUAGGCCGGGAACUCGUGUCAUGUGACCUCGUUGCUGGCUUGCUGAACACAACCGAGUUAUAGGUCGCAAUCUGUGAACAGGACCUCGGUCAGCGCUCUUUUUCAACAGUGAUAGGAGCGUAGGAGCUCCUUCGGCCAGGUCAUCCAGAUAAAGGCUGAAGCAGGAAAGCAGAGGGACGGAGGCCGAGAUAUAUCAUUAAGUUAGAAGCUGUCGAUGCUGAGCCGUUUAUCCGUGCUGCGUCGGGAUCCGUGAGGCUGGGAGAAACGACACCCGUUCACCCGCGAGCGCCACCUGACCCACCAUGAUGGCAUCAAGCGACGUGGAUGGCAGAGCAGACGGUUCUCUCUUCUCUGACCAGAACCCGUCAGAACUGGACGCUCUGUGUCCGUCUCCUCCUGGGCCAUCCAGACCCCAGCGGAACUACGAGCGGAUCGGGGGAAGAACAGGGACCUCUUUCUGUCAGACUCUGAUCCACCUUCUGAAGGGGAACAUCGGUACUGGUCUGCUGGGCCUGCCUCUGGCUGUCAAGAACGCUGGACUGGUGCUUGGACCCGUCAGUCUCCUGGUUAUGGGAAUCAUCGCAGUCCACUGCAUGAUGCUCCUGGUGAAAUGUUCUCAUCACCUCAGCGCAAAGAUGAACCGGCCAUCUAUGACCUACGGAGAGGUGAUGCAGUACGGGAUGGAAAACGUGUCGUGGCUGAGGAGGCAUUCACGAUGGGGAAGUCGGACGGUGAACUUGUUCCUCAUCAUCACUCAGAUUGGCUUCUGCUGCGUCUACUUCGUCUUCCUUAGUGACAACCUCAAGCAGGUUGUGGAAGCAGCCAAUGCCACCACCUUCAGCUGCCAGGUGAACCACACCAACCAGACGGAUGUCCUGGUUCCCAGUUUCGACUCCCGGAUCUACAUGCUCUUCUUCCUGCCCUUCUUCAUCCUCCUGGUUUUCACCCCCAACCUGAAGUUCUUGGCUCCCUUUUCUCUCCUUGCAAACGUGGUCAUGACCCUGAGUCUGAUUCUGAUCUACAUCUACUCCCUCAUGGUAACCACCUCAUUUAUCUUUUAUAUGAUUCAUGUAAUCUUUAUUGCAAACUGACUCUCUGGGUUAUGU